AGAGCCUCCAAGGCAGCAGCCAGGCAUCCUUCCUUCCUGCCCCAGAGAGAGUGACCCAAGAUCCCCGGAACUGGGGGCCCCGGACCCCGAGGCUCCUGCAGCGGGGCAGCAGGGCGCCCUGGUCAGUCAGAAGGGGCCACUCUUGGUGGGGAGGGAGGAAGAGCCCCUGAAAGCCCUGGAUCCCGGGGGAUGCCUCUCCUCUGGGCAGCCGCCUCUCCUUCGCAGGCUUUUAGCAUCCUUCUGCCAGAAGAAAGGAGAAGCCGAGAUGCCCUUUCCUGGGCGACAGACCCCUUCCUUCCUUCCUUCCUUCCUUCCUUUUCCCCGGAGGAAGGGAGGAGGCAAGGAAGGAGCCCCACACCCCGCCGCCGCCCUUCUUGCCCAAGAGCGAAAGCGAAAGCCGGCGCCGGGAGCCUGGCGGGCAGAAGGUCGGUCGGAGCCAGGGAGGCGGUAAGAGCAGGCUCCCAGAGUCCAGACUGGCCCCUGGCCAGGGCUCCUCUGCCUUCCUCGGAGACCUCCUUUGCCAGCCUCUGGCCAACCUCCGAAGAGGAAGACUUGGCCAAACCUGGAGGCAGCAACCCAGGCAGCAAAGCCAGCUCCAGGCUUCUUCAACAUCUGGGUUGGCAAAUCUGGGGUGGCUUGCUCUGGCAUGACAAAGAGGGCAGAAGGGCUUCUAAAGAAAGCACAGGCCGGAACCAGGAAAAUGUUGGGCAGAGAGGCCAUGCUGGGUCUAAAACUGUUGCGGCUUCUUCCCCUGGGACUUUGCUUCAUCGCUGUGCCUGUACUUGUCUGGUUUUUGAGCCCUGUCUACUACCUUCCAUUUUACCUUCCCUGCCCAGAGAUCUUUGCUAUGAAACUGCAGUACCGAGGGGAGAAAAUGUCUGGGCUUUUUCCACGAUUCUAUUAUCUUCAACCAAAUGCUGUUCAACAGACACGCAGUGAUGUACUCACAGUGACCCCCUGGCUGGCCCCCAUUGUAUGGGAGGGGACAUUCAACUCGGACAUGUUGGACGCCAUGUACAAACCCUUGAACCUCACCAUUGGAGUGACAGUCUUCGCUGUUGGAAAAUACACACAAUUUGCUGGCCGUUUCUUGGAGACAGCAGAACAGUACUUCAUGAGGGGCUACCGUGUGAACUAUUACAUCUUCACUGACAAGCCUGCGGACAUCCCCACCACCCGCCUGGCAGCCGGACGAAGCCUCAACCUCCUCCCGAUCAAAAAACACACGCACUGGGAAGAAAUCUCCAUGAGGCGGAUGGAGACCAUCAACCGGCACAUUGCGGGGAGGGCCCACCGAGAAGUAGACUACCUCUUUUGCCUGGACAUUGACAUGGUCUUCAAGCACCCCUGGGGUGCCGAGACCUUUGGGGAGACAGUUGCAGCCAUCCACCCAGGCUACUACAAGAACUCCCGAACUAUGUUCCCUUACGAGAGGAGAAGUGUCUCCUCUGCCUUCAUCUCCAGGGAGGAGGGAGACUUCUAUUAUGCUGGGGCAGUUUUCGGAGGUCUGGUGAAGCAUAUGUAUGAGCUGACCCGGGCUUGCCACUCAACCAUCUUAGCAGACAAGGCCAACGGCGUCAUGGCAGCCUGGCAAGAGGAAAGCCACCUGAACCGCCAUUUGCUGUCCCACAAGCCUUCCAAGCUCCUCUCUCCAGAGUAUGUCUGGGAUGAGACGAAACGCCCACCCCCUGAAAUGCAGGUCGUCCGCUUCUCCACUGUGUACAAGAACCAUAGGCUGGUAAGGGACUGAUCCAGGUAAGAGGAGGAGAGUCCAUCAGUCUGGGUCUGCAGACUCCUUGCAGAUUGGGCAGUGCCUGGCGGGAUCAAAUAAGGACCACCAUGGUGACUAAAGAGCAGGUUAGAUGUGAGCCAGGUAGCCAGGGUUCAAAUCUUACUUGUUCCAAAGAGUAGCUGCCGGAUGAAUCCAAAAACUGCUUUCCUGCUCUUAUGAGGAGUUCUGAAGCAAUCUUCCAAUGCACAAGGCACAUGUUUUUUUCAUUAGAGAACAUUGGGAUAAAUGGACAUAAUGUGAAAGCUGAUGAAGCUGAAGUGAGAUGGAAGCCCUGCCUCCCCCUUCCUGCAACUCCCCAGCUGCAAAAACGAAAUGGUAUAUUAAAAAUGCCUGGCUCUGAAUUUCAGCAGCAAUCUAUAAAGUACAUUGUUAUAAAGGAAAUAAAAGAGAGUGUUUCACCCAUAUUCUUAAUCCAGUCUAUCUUGGUGGUGGAAAAUUGGGUCCGUGGAGGCUCCCAGGAUGUGGUUCCAUCAUGUCAUUCUACAUCAUCUCAGGAAUUCCUCCCUCUCAGGGGCAGUCUGGCCAUCCCACCUCUCCUCUCUGUGGUACGGAGGCUAGCCAUCCUCCACCAACAAUAGAUUGGUAGCCAAUCGCUCUCUCUUCAGCGGCCUAUCUCCCAACACAAACCUGCUGGAGACUGAACACCCUCGGUGUGGCAGUUUGGGAGUGGGCUUUCUCUCAGUCCAGCCACCAUCACAGGCCCAUCUGGUGGGGUCCCAAGAGACAGGACCUUCUCAGUGGUUGCUUCUGCCCUCUGGAACCACCUUCCACAGGCGACUGGACUGGCCCCACACUGCUCUCCUGUUGCCAGCAGGCAAAAAGCCUUUUAUUUAAACAAGGUUAUCAUGACAAAA